AUGUCCGCAGAGCUUAUGAAUACUCACCUCAAGGAGGCUGAUCCUGCGGUUUUCGAUAUCAUCGAGCAUGAGAAGGAACGUCAGCGUACCAACGUCUGUUUGAUUGCGUCAGAGAACUUCACGAGUCAGGCGGUUCUCGAUGCAAUUGGGUCUGUCAUGACCAAUAAAUAUUCUGAGGGCUAUCCUGGGGCUAGAUAUUAUGGUGGCAACGAGUUCAUUGACCAGAUGGAGACCCUUUGCAUGGACCGUGCCUUGGAGACCUUUCAACUUGAUCCGGCUAAGUGGGGAGUCAACGUACAGACUUUGAGUGGCUCUCCUGCCAAUCUGGCCUUGUACACUGCCUUGCUGAAUGUUCACGAUCGCAUUAUGGCGCUCGACUUACCCCAUGGUGGCCAUCUUAGUCAUGGCUAUCAAACUGAUACCAAAAAGGUCUCCAUGAUAUCUAAAUUUUAUACCUCUAUGCCGUACCGUUUGGAUGAGAAGACUGGUCUCAUUGACUAUGACGAACUCGAAAAGUUCGCUCAACGUUUCAGACCUAAGCUUCUGAUCUGCGGUUAUUCUGCAUACCCUCGCCACUUCGACUUCGCCCGUCUUAGAGCCAUUGCGGAUUCAGUCGGUGCUAUACUUCACUGUGAUAUGGCGCAUGUGGCUGGUCUGGUCGCCGCUGGAGUCCACCCAUCUCCCUUUGAGCUGUGUGACGUUGUGACUACCACUAGUCAUAAGACAUUAAGAGGACCUCGUGGCGCGAUGAUAUUCUACCGUGUGGGCCAGAAGGGUGUUGAUAAGCAUGGUGGUCCUAUCAUGUACGACUACAAGGAUAGGAUCAAUGCUACAGUGUUCCCCGGUUUACAAGGUGGACCUCAUAAUCAUAUCAUUGCUGGUUUGGCGGUGGCUUUGAAGCAGGCUCAGACGGAGGAGUACAAGCAGUACCAACAACAGGUGGUGAAGAAUUCCAAGGCUCUGGCGGAUGAGCUGAUAAAACUCGGCUAUGAUUUGGUCUCUGGGGGGACUGAUAACCACCUGGUCCUACUGGAUCUACGUAGUAGAGGUAUUAACGGCAAUAAGACCGAGAAACUCUGUGAUCAUGUGGCGAUCUCCCUCAAUAAAAACACAGUCCCCGGGGACAAGUCGGCUAUCACUCCGUCGGGUCUUCGUAUCGGCGCUCCGGCUAUGACCACUCGCGGUGCUAAGGAGGAAGACUUCCGCAAAAUCGCCCAGUUCAUUCACCGGGUUGUGGAAAUUGGCUUGCAGGUUCAGAAGCAGUCGGGUCCGAAGUUGAAGGACUUUCUUGCUAUUUUGGAUAACACUCCCCCUCCAGAGCUGACUCAGCUACGUGAAGAAGUUAUGGCAUUCAGUUGUGGGUUUGUUCCCAUCGGUCAAUGA